UCCUAUUCUGAGGAGGUGGGGAGGACGCUUCAGCUGGUGCGCGGACGGGGGGGGGAGGAAGCUUGGCAGCUUGGCUCAGUGUGCGGCGCAGCGCGCGAAGGCAGAGGAGAAGACGGGCUGUGGUCACGCCGCGGCUGCCCUUUUCUUCCUCCCUGCAUCCUUCUCGCAACAUGGCAGGGCUGAGCAGCGGCAUCUCCAGCUUCGGGCGCUGCAGCCACGCCGUGGUGCGGGCUCUGCCAGAGUCCCUGUGCCAGCAGGCGCUGAGGCGAGAGAAGGGCAACGAGGUGGACUACGCGCGCGCCGAGCGGGAGCACCAGCUCUACGUAGGGGUGCUGAAGACCAAGCUGGGGCUGCAGGUGCUUGAGCUGCCUGCCGACGAGAGCCUGCCCGAUUGUGUCUUUGUGGAGGACGUGGCCGUCGUGUGCGAGGAGUCGGCUCUCCUCACUCGCCCAGGGGCCCCCAGCAGGAGGAAAGAGGUGGAAAUAAUGAAGAGAGCACUUGAAAGCCUUAAUCUGAAUAUUGUAGAGAUGACAGAUGAACAUGCAACCUUAGAUGGGGGAGAUGUUUUAUUUACAGGCAGGGAAUUUUUUGUGGGUCUUUCGAAGCGAACCAAUCAACGUGGUGCAGAAAUUCUAGCAGACACCUUUAAGGAUUAUGCUGUUUCUACAGUCCCUGUAUCUGAUUCCUUGCAUCUGAAGAGUUUUUGCAGUAUGGCCGGACCAAACCUCAUUGCUAUUGGUUCAAGUGAAGCUGCACAAAAAGCCCUCAAGACCAUGCAGCAGAUGAGUGAUCAUCGCUAUGACAAGCUUACAGUUCCUGAUGAUGCUGCAGCAAACUGUGUAUAUUUAAACAUUCCUGGCAAAGGAAAUAUUUUGUUGCACCGAGCCCCUGAAGAAUAUCCAGAAAGUGCAAAGGUCUUCGAAAAACUGAAGGACCACAUGUUGAUCCCUAUAGCGAACACAGAGCUAGAAAAAGUAGAUGGGGCACUCACUUGUUGUUCUGUCCUUAUUAAUAAAAGUUCACCAUUAUGAGUUUACAGACUCCCUCCCUUGUAACUGGCAAUAAUGAACAUGCAAGCAUGCCAACUUCACAAGGGAGUCCUAUUGUGCAGACUUUGCAAAAGAACAAUGCAUACUAUCAAGAUAGUCUAAUCUUAGACUAAGUGUGUAGCCAAACAUAUUUCAACCUUUAUCAGGUCUUCUUCAAUGGACAAUAUUAAUAACAACAUCAACAAUAUGAUCUAUAGAGUGAAAAUCAAGGAUGUCCGUUUGCACUUAUAAAAUUAAACCAGAACUAUCACUAGAAGCUAAAAUGAUGAAACUGGGGUUAUCAUACUUUGGACACAUAAUAAGAAGACAGGAUUCACUACAAAAGACUGGGAAAAACAGAAGGGAGUAGAAAAAGAGGAAGACCAAACAAGAUGGAUUGAUUCCAUAAAGGAAGCCACAGACCUGAACUUAGAAGAACUGAACAGGGUGGUUUCUAACAGAUGCUAUUGGAGGUUGCUGAUUCAUAGGGUCGCCAUAAGUUGUAAUUGACUUAAAGGCAUAUAACAACAUAUAUACACAGUAUAUAUACACAAAAAAUGUAUAUAUCCUCUAUAUAUGCAGAAAAAACACGUAUACAAUAUAUGUAUCAUACUCAUUCUGUUAGUCUAGAACUGGGGAAAAGAUGUUUUAAAUGUAGAGUAAUUUACAGAAAAAUACAAUUAGAAUGCCUCAUACAGGAAUCUCAAUUUUUCCUCUGGGAAUACUUGUAUUUUAUAUCACUCACCCUUUGUAAUAUGAGCUUCUCAGGUUAAGUUAAAUUUCUUAUGUAUCAACCAGAUUAGAUUUUCUAGCCCUGGAUGGGAAGCAAGAGGGGCUGUUUCAAUAAGCAAAACCCACCUCUCUCACACCCUCUCCCUACUCUAGCAUUUUAAGAUCUGGAUUGGAAGGAGAGCUUGUCAAUAAGUAAAAUCCAGCUCUCCUCCCACCUUACCCUCUCCCCACCCUGCCACUUUCUUUACAUGCUGUCUGUCUGAUUUCUAGUUUCAUCGUUGAAACAGCCUGGGAUUUGGGGGAUCCCCUUGGAGCUCUGAGGCAAUUCAAGGCAAGCCCACUACACCUCAAAGUGACCCUGGGCUAUCCUGUCCCACCCUGUGUUCAGCAUGAAUUGUCCUGAGGCACCUCGAUUUAGCUUGGGAUUCAAGAUUUGGUUUAAUCAAUUACACAGCCCUGGUACUUAUGACCAAAAAUAGGCUUUAGAGACAACAACAAAACUAUGGAAAGGUUCAUAUUAGAAAAGAAGAAUGGCAGAGGGAAGGGGCUAAUUGACUCCUGCCCACUGAUUGCUUUUAUGCUCAAUAUUGCCCUCCAACAGUUUUUACGCCUUCUGGGGAAAAAUAUGGUACUGUAUUUUCUCCUGUGGGUGGAAAACCAAUAUGAGAAGAGUUUUUCUUUGUGAGCGGGGAGGAGAGGAGAAUGGUUAGAAGUGAAAGGGUUAAGCAUUCUCUCUUCUGCUUAUUCAUCCACUUGGACUUGACGCUUUGCACAGCUACUUUUCACUGGCAAAAGGAAUGGGUCUAUAUGUGCCUGCCAUGUGACUUCUAUUUUGGCCCUCAGACUCAGCCAUAGCUGGGAGAGAAAUAGCUCGGAAUAACACAAUGCCUUUAACCAGGGACAGGUGUGUAAUAAGAGGGAUUUCAUGCCCUCAAAUGGGACAGUUACACUUUGCUGACCUCAAGUUUUCCCUUGAUUUGUGGAUGCUUGCUCAUUAUAACAAGGUCUUUGCACCUUCAUUAGGUGGGUUGCUUUUCUGAAUGCAUCUGUUGGGAUUGAAAUUUACAUAGGGUGUUAUCAUACUUGUGGCUUAUAUUAGUUCUUGCUUCAAUCUAUUUUAACGUAAAUGUGAAAUCUGUAUUGGCCAGAAUACUCACAUUGCAAAUGUCUCUAAUGAACAUCAAAAGCUGACAUUGGUUCUAAAACCUGUGUUAAGAGUAAUGCAAGAAUCAGCCCAGUUUUAAUCAUCUCUGCCCUUUUUUCUUUUGUUCUGUGUCUCCCUGUAGGUAUUGCCUAAUUUUUCUUUUUCUCCUUUGUCCCCCCCCCAUUACUCUUCCCUUGCUCUCUUCCAAAAAUCCGUAUUAUAGGUAACUAAAAAGGAAAUUCAAUAGCAUCAUGAACCUGGGCUUCUGUGUAGUCUUUUUCACAGCAUCAGCUGCAGUGUAAAAUGUACUGUGUUUAUUGCUCCAAAGUAUCACGUUACAGCUUAUGCCAUGGACGUGCAUUUGAAAAUAAUUGUGAGCAGAAUCCAUUGCAAACUGCAGGUGGCACCUAGGGGAAAAAAUGUUGCUGCAGAGGAGGAUUCACUAGGGAUUUUAUUCUGGUAGUCUUGAAUUUCAGCAAGGCUUAAACCACUUGUGAGUAUAUCCUAGAAGCUGAGACAGUGGCCUCUUUGUUUAUCCACUGGAAAUUCAGGUAGCUCCUAAGUAAGUCUUAUAUAAAUCAUGUUCUAAAAAUAAUUCAUGUGUUUAUAUGACUCUCAAGCUUAAUGUGCUGACACCCAUGUAGUGAGUCUUAGCAAAUGAUGUUAACAAAUUUCUUCUUUAUCUUGCCUUCACCUAUUAUGCUUUACGUUUAUGGAAUUAAUGUUUUGUUUUAAAUUUUCAUUUGAUCAGCAGAGUUCUUCUGAGAGCCAACACUAAACUUCCUGGGAAGGUUUGGCAGUGAAAAAGAGAAUGUGGGAGUUCUAGCUAAAGAGUUUUUUACUUUUACUGUGGUGUGUUCCUCUGAAUAAGGAAGAGAGUUGUCUUCCAGCAGGCUGCCAUGACUAUCUAAGCAUUCAGGUUGUUGUGCUUGGGACAAUGAAUAUCUAACUCUAAAUAUCUGAUUUUUCUAACUUUUACUUGUGUGAAUGUUUACUAUGGAAUUCAAUUGAAAGAAAUAAUUGUUAUGGCAAAUUCUGCAACACACUUAUGGCCUUAGUCAUAUGUUUUUUCACUGCACAUACACACAAGAAUAGACAAUUGUGUUCUCAUGAAUCCUGUUGUAGUAUUUCAAAGAAAGAGGGUAGUAUCUAACAAAAGCAGUGGUAGGAAAUCUCCAGGGGCUGACAUACAGUCUGAGUAUUUUAUCAACUUCCUGGUUAAGUCAACCAUUUUCCAGUGCUACUUCUGGCUAGUGGUUGAGGUGUAAUAUCAGGAAGUUCAGCUAACCAAGUAAUAAGGAAAGUACAAAUGAAACUGUUUGAUGUAACUACGUUGGGAAUCCAAGAAAUGUAAACUGGGAAAUGUCAUCAGUACCAUUCUGUUGCCUUUUAGAAUAAUUAAAAACUUUCUGGCUAAUAAUUCUUCUGUCCCUUCCUUUUAAUUAGAAAUUAUACUCCCAAAAUGGGAUAUAUCUUAUUCCCCUGUCAGGUAUUGCUCAUCUUCAAUCAAUCCAGAAGCUGUAGAAUGCAUAUAUAUGAAAGUUGCAAGGUGAAAUAG